AUGGACGCUGGUGCUAAGCAUAUCGCCGUGAAGCUACAUCUAGGCACGUUGAGUUUAUGUGUUCAAGAUGACGGCCACGGCAUGACCAGCGAGGAAUUGGAUGUGGUUGGAUCUUCUUACUUCCUGUCCAAAGGUGAAUCAGGCCAUGGAGAAUCGCUCAGCGCUUUGGUGAGUAGCUGCUCCAACGUGGUGAUUCUGACGAGGAGGAAGCAGGACAAUGGGUGGAACAAGAAGUCUUUCAGAAGUCAAAACAAGCUAGAGGUUCUGACUCUCGAAAGGUUCUUUGAGCCAGACUAUUCGAUCAAUGGCACAGUCGUGAUGGCUACUCGUUUGUUUGGUUCUACUCCCGUGCGGUGGGAGAUUGCAAUGCAGAACCACAAGAAUAUGAUGGAGUCCAUAAGGAUCAAGGUUUUUGAACUACUAGCACACAGAAUUGAUGUUAGGGUGAGAUUGUUUGUCAAUGAUGGACUGGAAGGUUUCAAAAAGAUCAUGGAUACGGGCGAGUGUGGAGAUUUGACCGAUGCUUACGCUGCUGUGUUUGGCAAGAGGGAGUUUCAAACCAUUGAGGGGAUUGAAAGUGGAUUAGAUGUGACAAUGUUCAUCUCACUGGAGCCUAUCCAGAACAGCCGCCAUCAGUUCGUGUUCCUCAACAAGAGACCCGUCUAUCUACGAGGCUCUGAAAGAAGGGGGAUAUCAAAUUACAUCCUGAAGUUCAAGUACCCAUCCGUGAAGGGAUAUUUUGGGAAGUCUGUCAAAGGCUAUCCAAGUUUCAUUGUGUUUCUAAGGAGCAAAGAUCAAGAUGACACGAUUCUUAUGUCCAAAGCCAAAGAUACUUCAUCGUUGAAGUCUUUCAUGAUCGGCUGGGUGUCAGAUCUAGAACAACGAAAUACCGAUAUCAGCCCCUCACAAGACUGGUUUAUGGCAAUCCAACAAAUUCCUGCUCCUAUUCGCGAUUCCUUGAUUACGAAGUCUUGCAAAGAUGCCAUCAAAUUUGGAGAGCAGCUUACACUAGAGGAAAUGCAUCAUUUGAUGAGCGAGUUGAGCAACUUCCAUAUGUUUGGAUCUCCAGAAUCUGAAAGAUUUUACUCUGGUACGGGCUCUAUUAUUGACGGGAUUAACAAUGAGUCGUUUUCGACUCCGCUCAAGCGCCUCCCGAAUGCCAAUGUGAACCUGGUACUACAUGAGAUCAAUGAAGACCAACAAUCACACAAACAAAGCGAACCACAAGCACAACAAAAUGCUCCGCUUAGCCGAUCAUCACAAUUUGCGCAGCUCAAUGAUAUGAGCAAUUUGUUGCCCUUAUCGGAAGCAUCCCUCCAGGCAUCUCGGGCUAGAAUCCCCUUCAGCAGUAAACAGAAAGACAACAACCUUUUCAACCUGGAAGUUGACCACAAACCCAAGGGACAAGUGUUCUACAAACCCUUGUAUCAUAAUAGAAACAUUCUUCCCCAGGAAUUUCUCCCACCCAAGUCUGCACAGUCAGGAAAGAACAAAAUCAUCAGACAACAAGAACCAGCAUACAACAGAGAUGACGACGAGCUCAGCGAUGACGAGGAUGCACCUACACAAGCACCUUCAGGCGAAUGGAUGAGUCCAGUGAUGAAGGUCGCCUUGAGCAGGCAAGUCAACAAGGAGAGGAUCUUCAAGACGAUGUGCACGAGCAUAUUUCGUUUGGUGGGCUUCCAUCUCGUCCUUCUCUUUGUUGAAUAUUUCUACAAGCUCUACCAGCUCAAUCAUCUGUACUCGCAAGUACUUCGAAAGCAUGCGGCCUGGGCCCGCUAUGUAGAUAGCGAACAAAGCUGGAUAUCUACAGCUUGGCCCCAUGUUCGCCAUCUCCAGUGGGUUUUCAUAAUUGCAAUUGCCAUAAGCAUCGUUAGACUUAUAUGGCCUCAGGACCAAUGCGUUGACUUACCUCUCACGGAAAAGCAGAGGCAGCUUCUAGGACUCAAAUCAUUGGCCGCAGGUCAAAUCGAUGAUGAUGAUGGAGACGAUGGCUUUGCCUUCAAGAAGCGUCAUUUUGAGCUGAAAACCAAAAAGCUGGUGCUUCCGCCCCGCUACCUGAUUAUCAAUGGAUUGAUCUCGUCAGUUGACGAAAGUUUACCCAAGCCACAAGAGGUUGAGCCUGAAAUCGCACUCUCUAACGUGAUUCCCUCAAGAACUGCGGCCCUCCAACAUUCCCGCCGUUUGCAAACCGACGAGGUUAGCCAAAUUUCGAAAGAUUUUCACAACAAGUUCAGCUAG